CACCUUUCUCUCUCUCUCUCUCUCUCUCUCUCUCUCUCUCUCUCUCUGCAUGGCUGUUCUUAUAUCCUUAUUCGCCUUCACUUUAUUAUACCUCUCUUACAAAUUAUACAAACGCCUCACGCUAAACCUCCCGCCAGGCCCACGACCAUGGCCCGUCGUCGGAAACCUCUACGGCGUUAAGCCGGUGCGCUUCCGUUGCUUCUCCGAGUGGUCGCGAGCUUAUGGGCCCAUCAUCUCGGUUUGGUUCGGGUCGACACUGAACGUCAUCGUCUCGAGCGCGGAGCUGGCGAAGGAAGUGCUCAAGGACAACGAUCAGCAAUUAGCGAAUAGGCACAGGAGCAGAUCGGCUGCGAAGUUCAGCAGAGAUGGGAAGGACCUUAUCUGGGCCGAUUACGGGCCUCAUUACGUUAAGGUCCGAAGGUUUUGCACGCUCGAGCUGUUCUCGCCGAGGCGGCUCGAGGCCCUUCGGCCCAUUAGGGAAGACGAGGUCACUGCCAUGGUCGAGUCUCUUUACAGAGACUGCACUAGUCUUGAACAUAAAGGGAAGGGCUUGAUGGUGAAGAAGUACUUGGGGGCUGUGGCAUUCAACAACAUCACAAGGAUCGUGUUUGGGAAGAGGUUCGUGAAUGAUGAGGGGGUGAUGGACGAGCAGGGACGAGAGUUCAAGGCGAUCGUGGCCAAUGGUUUGAAGCUCGGGGCAUCCCUCGCGAUGGCCGAACACGUCCCAUGGCUCCGCUGGCUCUUCCCGCUGGAGGAGGAGGCGUUCGCCAGGCACUGUGCGCGGCGCGACCACCUCACCCGGGCCAUCAUGGAGGAGCAUGCGCUCGCGCGGCAAAAGCCCGGUGGAGCCAAGCAGCACUUCGUGGAUGCGUUGCUUACUUUCCAAGGAAGUUAUGACCUGAGCGAGGACACCAUUAUUGGCCUCCUUUGGGACAUGAUCACUGGCGGCAUGGACACCACGGCAAUAUCGGUCGAGUGGGCCAUGGCCGAGCUCAUUAGGAACCCGAGAGCCCAACGAAAGGCCCAGGAAGAAUUGGACAGCGUGAUCGGACCCUCCCGUGUCAUGACGGAAUCCGACAUCCCAAACCUACCAUAUCUUCAUUGCGUCGCCAAAGAGGCCCUCCGGCUACACCCGCCGACGCCGCUGAUGCUGCCCCAUCGGACCAAUGUAGAUGUGAAGAUCGGCGGCCAUGACAUUCCCAAGGGCUCGAAUGUGCACGUAAACGUAUGGGCCAUAGCCCGCGAUCCAACAGUCUGGGAAAGGCCGCUGGAGUUCCGGCCCGAGAGGUUCAUGAAGGAGGAUGUGGACAUGAAGGGCCAUGACUUUCGGCUUUUACCAUUCGGAGCGGGGAGACGGGUUUGCCCCGGAGCUCAAUUGGGAAUAAGCUUGGUGAUGUCGAUGUUGGGCCAUCUCCUGCACCACUUUUCUUGGGCUCCGACCAUCGGGGUGAGGCCCGAGGAGAUCGACAUGGGCGAGAACCCGGGACUGGUUGCAUUCAUGAGGACUCCUCUUGAAGCCGUUCCUACUCCAAGGUUGGCCGCAGAGUUGUACAAGCGUGUACCUGUGGACAUAUGAAUUUCACUGCUCUUUUCUAUCUUUUUUUGUGGUUAUAAUGUAAUCUGUGAGUCAAUUAUAUCUAAGUUUGCUUUUGCUCGGUGAAUUUCUAAGUUUUAUUGCGCUUGACAUAAAAGAAAACUUGGUUCAAACGAUGUAUGGGCUUUGACUAGAAAGGUCCUCACAUGGAAUCAUGUUGUCUUCAAGCAGGAUUUCCGUUCUAGGAAUCAUGUUAA